GGCUGCAAAUAUUAAAACAUUAGGAUUAGUUUUAGGAAGCUAUUUUGUCUUUUAUACAGCAACAGAGUCUGCUUGUCAUGACAAACCAUUAAUAUGUGUUGCCCAGACUAACAAUUAAGUGUCUUCCUGUUAUAGCACAAUGCUGCCUUAUGUUGUUGUGGAGUUUGCAGCAAACAAAAGUGUGGCUAUAAUACCAGUGAAAUGGUUUACUGGGGACGAGGAGGAUGAAUGCUACUGGCCACUGGCCAAUGCUACGGCUACAAAAAUGGCCCAAAACCAGGUCUCACACUCAAACAACUGGAAGAAGUUUAAGAUCAGAGUUCUUGGGAAAGCAGGUCAUUGUACUGGCUGACGUUGGGGGCAGAACUUUAGAUGAAACAGUGAAGAGGGCCAUGCUCUAUGUCAUGACCAAUGAUGUGGCACUUAAGUACAACUUUACAGGAAAAGAGAAGCGGGCAUUCGGAGAAAUACACCUGUGGGAAACUGUUUACCGGGCUGUAAAGAGGAACACGCAGCUGGCGGCUUGUGACCGCCAACAGGUGGCUUCAGCUGUUAGCAAAUGGCUUACUGGUGCCCGGGAUAGAAAUGGCAGACGUGCCGCACGCGAAAAAAGAUACAGAGAGAAGAGGGGUCAGAAAAGGCUAUUCCAGGAGGACAAUCAGCCUGAGACAUAAACAUGCACAUGUAACUUAAACAUUCAGUAACCUCAGUAAAAAAAAGUAAAGUUUGUUUUAUUUAACGACGCCACUGGAGCACAUUGAUUUUUAUCUUAUCAUCGGCUAUUGGAUGUCAAACAUAUGG